CAAGCUCCCAAGAGAUCACAGAGAGAAAAAAGACCCCUUUUGCUUUGGGACCCAGAUCUUGUUCUUGCACACCAAUUCUGCGAAACCCAAAUUGCUUGUUCUCCGAUCACUUUGAAAAAGCAAGAAAGCCUCAUGAUUGUGGUAUAAUCGUUUAGUCCUUGGUGUUCUCUGAUCUGGGUUUUUUGUGUUCCUCUGUUUCUUGAGCAUUCUUUUGUUAUUUUUUUUCUUGGAAUGCGGUGGAAAGAUUUAAACUUUCUUGGGAAAUUGGGCUUAUUCUUGGUUUUGGGAUCUGGGUUUGUUUGCUUUUUUAGUUGGGUUGAGUAGUGGUAGGAUGGAGCAUAGAUGUAAGCUCUGCAACAAGACUUUCUCGAGUGGCAAAGUCUUGGGAGGUCACAUGAGAGGCCAUGGAACAAAGAAUUCGGCUAAAGCAGAGAAAAAGCUCAAAGUGAGCAACGUGGAUUUUGAAGGUGAUGACGAUGAGCAUGCUGGUUAUGGCCUAAGAGUGAACCCCAAAAAGUCAUGGAAAUUUUCUGGCUCAAAGGUUCAAGCUUCUGAGAAAGAAAGCCUCUGCAAGGUCUGUGGAAAAAGGUUUGAUUCAAUGAAAGCUAUGUUUGGUCACAUGAGGCAUCACUCGAGCAGAGAAAGGAAGGAGACUCAGUGUUGCAAAGAUUGCGGUAAAGCAUUUGAGUCAUUGAGAGCUCUAACUGCUCAUACCAAAAUUCACUCAAAAAGGCUCAGGACCUCUGAUGGAUCGCAGAGCCUUUCAAGCGAGAAGCUUUUUGUGGAUUUCCAAUACAGCACUGAGACCAUGGGGCUGAUCCGGAGGAAAAGAUCAAAAAGAUUAAGGUACAAGAUCACUCCAAAUUCUUCUUUUUCUGGUAUGAAUGAAUCUGAAUUUGGCCAAGAACUAGUAGAUGGGGCUAUUUGCUUGAUGAUCAUCUCCAGAGGUGGAAGCAAUUGGGGUCGAAUUAGUUCAGUAACUGAGUCUUCAGAUAACAAUUCGUUGUCCUUGGAGGUUCAAUCGCCAGUCCAAAAGAAUCGGAUCAUGGGAAAUAGCGGUGGCAUUUCUGUUUGUAAUGAUACUGGGAACAAAAUAUUUGAAUUUGGUGAAAAUGAUUCUGGGUUUGCAAGUGACGAGGAAAAGACUGGAAAAUUGGAAGUUCCUAUUGACAGGUUUUACAGGGGUGCAGAGUGCAAAAGGCCUAAACUAGAUGAGGAUUCUGCAUUUGUGGGGUAUGAUGCUGAGAUUGAGAAGGAAAGUCAUGGAGAGAUGGAAGCCAUCCUCACUGAAGUCACUGAAGUGGAAUUGGAUGUGGAUAUUAUAGAGGAAGAAGAGCUGGAUGUAACUAAAUUGGGCUCCAUGAAGUCUGGUAUGAAGGCUUGUGAUUCUGGCAAUAACAUGUUAUAUGGUACUGAAUCUGAAAUCUUUGCUGAUUCUGGGAAGAAAAGAGAACACAAGUGCAGGACUUGCAAGAAGCUUUUCCGCUCUCAUCAGGCACUUGGAGGCCACCAACGAGUUCAUAAAGCAACUAACAACUGUUCUGGAGAGAAGAUUGAGGACUCUGAAGAUAAAAUUCAGAUUAACAAGCUUUCUAAGAUUGAGUACAGUUGCAAGCUUGCCAAGCUUGAAUGUACUGAUAAUUCAGAGGAGCAGGAGAUGGAAAGAGCAACUGUGACUGGUUUUGAAAGUAAGGUUCACAGGUGCUCCAUCUGCUUAAAGGUGUUUGCAACAGGCCAAGCUUUGGGUGGUCACAAGAGAGUUCAUUUUGGUAAAGAUUCUGAGACAGGAACAGAACAGACCAGAGCACUGAAGCAGCAGAUUUCUGAAAUCUGCGAUGUCUUUGAACUAAGUCAACCAGUCAAACUUGAGGAAGAGAAUGGUGAUGUUGAAUUCAAGUCCUGGUGGCUUGGAAAUGAACAUAAACGCGAGCUACUGGUGGGUCUCAUGCCCAACUAAGAAGUGAUUCCAUACAUGGCUCUGUGGAAGUUUUUAGUGGCAUUUGUUAGGAUAGAGAGGGAUAGAGAGGCAAAAGCUUCUCUCUGCUGCUUAUGGCUUAUAGGUGGCAACCCAGAAGUUUUUUGUCCCCAAUUCUGGGAUUUUUCCUUUUUCAUGUAGA